UUUCAGAAUGUUCAAAAAGCCGGAAUAUGAAAAUAACAUUUCACUGAAGCUAUCAGAAGUCUUAGAUGACAUAGGAAUUAAUGAAAGAAUGGUGAAGAAAAGGAGAAGAGUAUACAUGCUGGGAGAGACUAUCACUACUAUCAAUAACCAGUUAACUGUUAAUAAUCAGACUGUGUACUUUGCAGGCAGUCGAACAGAAGGAGCAACAACUAAAGGACUUGUUUCAGACUUUGAUAUUCUACACUGUAACCAUUAUUUCAAUGUGAUGCAGGACUGGUCAGAGUGGAAACCUGGCAAGGAAAAUCUGCUAAUGAUAAAGAACGAGACUACAACACCUGGGUAUUGCUUUCUACAGCGUCUUAGAUCUGACCUACCUCUUCAUAUAACUGAAAUUAAUAAACACAGCAUAAGAGAUAGAAAUGGGAGAAUACUGUUGAAGAACACAGUCCUGAAUGUUUAUCAGGUGGGUGUACAAGAACGUCAUGGACCAUCAUAUUUUACUCCAGGAAAGCUAGGAAAGCCUGACAUAGACUAUGUUAUUGCUUAUCCCUGCACAUCAUGGCCUCAAUCAGCAAAAGGCUGGAUAGAAAGACAAGGCAUAGGUAACUGGCCAACACCAUAUAUGAAGAGAUAUGCUGUCAGCAAUGGAUGUUUUGUUGUUGGAGUUGUCAGCAAGGUCAGUGCUUACACUGAUAUGGAAUGGAGGAUAUCUACUAGUCUGGCAGAGAGAUGUUUGAUGUAUAAUUUAAACAUUACACAAUUACGUUGCUAUGUCUUAAUGAAAAUGCUAGUUAAAACAUCUCUGAAUCCUCUAGGAGAAAAUAACAUGUCAAGUUUUAUGUGCAAAACAGUUCUGCUACAUUGUAUAGAAAACACAGAAACAAACACAUGGCAGGAACACAAUUUGCUAAUGUGUCUAACAUACUGCUUACUGGAAUUAAGCAGCUGUGUAAGAAGUGACCACAGUGACUGCCCACAUUUCAUUAUACCUGAAAACAACUUGAUGGCAGGACAAUUUUCAGCUGAGGUGAAACACUUGUUGUUAGAAAGAAUCAGUGGCUUGAUACAGAGUGAUGUAAAUGCAUUGCUUAGUGUGCAUAUUGAUAACCUUGGCCUUAGACUGCAGAUCAAACUGAACAUUGUACCUCACUAUGUAACAUAUAAUCUACCUUCCCCUGCUGAAAUCUGUGAAUUGGUUUCAGCUGAGUUUUACAUAAACUUAGCAAUAAGCACCAGUUAUUCAUCUAAUCUAAUUCUGAGAGUAAAAGAUAAUAAAACAGAAGUAAUAAAGCUACAAUUAAAAAGAAUAAUAAACUACAGCAAACAAGGUAACAGACUAGAGAAGGCGGCCUGCCGGUUUUUGGCACCUCUGCUAUAUACCAAACUAGGAUCCAUCCUGGCAUCAUCAAAUAUUGGUCAGAACAACAUGGUGUCACCUGUAGCACUGACCUGUCUCUCAGCAGGCUUGAACUCUGAUGUGGCAUCAAGCAGACUUACACUGGCAUCAGUGUUCUACUGUAUAGGGGAUAUGGAGAAAACAGAAUUUAUUCUACGAAACACCAAACAGCAAUGUAACUCUGGUGUUGUUGUGCCUGUUUGUGACUGCUGGGAACAUCCUGCGCCUGAUGUAUCUGCAGAGUUCAAAAAAAUUUGCAAUGAACAGAAUGAAAAAUGUAUCAAAUAUAUCACAACUUUCUGUAUCAGAUUCUUGCGGUGUGAGAUCAACUGUGUUCCUUCUGAGCUAAAAUAUGAAAUGUUCAGAUCUACACAUGAUGACAUGCUCCACAGAGAUCAGGAUAAAGACUGCUGGAUGGACUGUGCUGUAGCUGAUCCUCUCCCUUACCUCUACUUCCUACAAUACAAGACAUAUGGUCAUCUCCAAAGAUACCCACAUCAACAACAAGCUCUCAGUAACCUUAUGAGGACCAUUGACACAGAUCCAAACCUCCGCCACAAAGAAACAGCCCUGAAUCUACUUGGACAGUGCAUGGAACAGGAGAACAGGUCCCAACAAGCAUUAAAAUGCUAUAUGCUUUCUUUAAAUGAAAGAGCAAGAAACAAUGCAGCAAAGUUCCAUAUCUGUAGACUACUCUCAAAUGCAAUGUUAAAUCGAUAGGGCUGUUAAGUAUUUGCCGUGUUACGCACUUUUUUAUAACAAAUUUUAACAGCAUUAAUAGCAUUUACGUCAUUUACAUCACUUCCUUUGUUAUGUAUUGACGGCAUGUAAUAUUCAGUUGAGAAACAGAUUUUAGAGCAAACACUACAUGUUGUAUAUUCAGCUUACCAAAGUUCACAGAUACCCACAUUUUUGGUGCCGUGACUAAAAAGGAAAAUGAAUUUACAGAAACUACAAUCAUCCAUUACGACGAACAAUUGCGAUAUUACUCGAGAAAUUAGAAGAAAUUAAAGAAAACAGAACUUAGUUAGAUUUCAACACUCUGCUGAAGACACUGGAGAUAAAACUGGAUAUGCUUACAUCAGUCAAAGAAAAGAUACAAUCUCAGACUAAUGUCGAUGGAAUAGAAAAGGAUAUGAUGGAGACAAUCAUUUAUAUGAUUGAGUAAGAUUAAAAACUAAACCAAUUUAAAGACUUUCUAUGCCAGCAGCAGACAACAGUUCAAGGUUCUACAUAGCAGACGACAACUUGAGAUUCUAGCAACAGACGCUAAUUCAAAGUUCUACACUGCUGAUUACAGUUCGAGAUUCUACGCAGCAAGUAGAUUCAACGCACAUUCCAUUCCAUUUUAGAGAUCACCAGUUACCACCGGACAUUUAGCAAUUUUUCAUCAGCUUCAUCUCAGUUUCAAAGACUACUGAAGCUAACCUUACCAAUGUUUAGCGGAGACACGAUCCAGUGGCAGACUUUUUGGGAUUCAUUUGAAUCGACUGUGCAUUUAAACACAAAUCUUACAGACGUCCAGAAGUUUAAUUACUUGAAGGCGUAGUUGGAAGGCAGUGCAGAAAGAACCCUGGAAGGUUUCCCACUCACGAAUGCAAACUAUGUUCCCACUCACGAAUGCAAACUAUGUUUAGGCCCUAGCUUUCCUGAAAGAGAGAUUUGGAAGACCGCAUAAGAUCAUAAUCACCUAUAUGCAAGCCCUAUCGGAGAUACCAGUGCCGACUAACAGCUUACAGCUUAUAUACUUUAAGAAGUUUUCAAGAUAAGAUAGAGGCAUAUGUGCAUGAUCUGGAAUCGCUAGGCCAGUGCCAAGACACAUACGGCAAUUUACUUGUGCCAGUCAUCUUUGGAAAACUACCGCCCGAGAUUAAACAAAAUUUGGCACUAAAACAUGUUGAUAACUGAAUUUUGAGGAGAUUACAAUCAUAGAAGCUGGGCAGCAGCAACAACAGGGACCCAUAGGCGCGUAUGAUUUGACCACACCUUUGACCACACCAUUUUUUCACUGGAGCGAGACCAAGGAACAGGCACAACAGGGAUAAAAGACCAGCACCACCAUCCAGGUCAACUGGUCCCUGGAAAGACAGCAAUUCAUGCAUAUUCUGUGAUGGAACCCUAAUGAAUGCUGGAAAGUCAUCAGUGUAGAAACAAGAAGAGUGAUCGUGAAAAAUAAACACCUGUGUUUUAACUGCCUGCAAAAACAUUACGUUUCUUAACGCAAGUCAAGCGGCGGAUGUACAGUUUGCAAACGAAAAACAUCAUACAAGCAUUUGCAAUCAGAAGUCGUCAUCCAGAGGAGAGGCUAAUUCCCAACAACCAGUACCCGAAACUUCAACUAAAACAGCAUACUAAUACGCAAAGGACGAGACCUGGAGUCCUGCUGAGGACCGCGAUAGCUACUGUUAGUAAUAGUUCCGGAAAUGUACAUGUAGAGGCAAACAUACCUUUUGAUGGGGGUGCACAAAGAUCUUUUAUAACAGAUGAAUUAGCCUGUAAAUUACAACUUAUUCCAGACGGAACAGAAGAAAUAAACUGUCAUCAUUCGGAAGCAGUAAAAACUGUGUGCAGAAUCUCCGUACAUCUACGUAUUUAAUUACUGACAUAAAGGAGAAAUUACCAAUUUCAGUGCCGAUUGUACCAAUGAUUGCCACGCCCUUCCAUAAUCGAUUACAGAUUACCGUAUCUCAAAGGAUUGAAAUUUGCACAUCUUAUUACAGACGACAACCAUUUUAGUGUAUCUCUUUUGAUUGGUGCCAACCACUACUGGAAGAUCGUUGAAGACAGAAUUGUUUGUGGCAGUGGACCAACAGCAGUAAAAUCUAAGAUUUACUUACUUUCCGGACCAGUUCAAGGAACGAAACCCACAGAUUCAGCAAACAUUAUGAACGUGAUUACCUCCCAUAGACCAGAAGAAGCAGCACUCGAGAAAUUUUGGAGUCUUCAGAGUAUGGGAAUCAUCUCCGACAAAACAGACAGAAAACACAGUGAUAAUAGCUACUUACAAGAAUACCAGACCAAUUCCAUUACGUUCAAUGGAAACAGGUAUGUUGAGAUGUUUCCAUGGAAACAAGAUCAUCCGCCACUACCGAAAAACUACAGUGUUACAAAGCAAAGAACUGAAUAGACUUCUAGAAGAUUGAAGGAAGAACCACAUAUACUACAAAAGUAUAGAGACGUAACAGCUGAUUAAGUAAAAAGAGGCUUUAUUGAAAAGAUUAGCGAGGAUUCGAACCCACAGGAACCCCCACAUCAAGUUGUCCAUUAUAUUCCACACCACCCUGUUAAGGAUUCAACGACCGCACCAGUAAGAAUAGUUUAUGCCUACAGCUGCAGUCAUGUGACUUACCGAGCGUGAACGAUUGCUUACAGUCUACACCACCGAUCCUUAACGAUUUGACAUGCCUACUUGUGAUAUUUUGUUUAAAUUCAGUAGCUGUAACAACAGAUAUUGAAAAAGUUUUUCUUCAUGAUGGACUUCAUGAGAAAGACCGAGACGCUUAGCCUAUAAGAUUUGUCUUUCUAGUGAUCCAAAGAACACAGAUAGCCAGCUAGCCAGCUAUGUACAUAUAGAUUAAAGGCAGUUUUGUUUGGCGCGACCUGCUCUCCCUUCAUAUUAAACGCAACAAUUCUUAAGCACCUGGAAAUAAAUAAUGACACUUUAGCAGCAGAAAUUUUAAGGAGAGACAGUCAGACCUUUAUGCUGACAACAUUCUGUCGAGUUUCGAGCACGAGACAGAGGCAUUGACGUACUUCCGGAAUGCAUGUGACCUGAUGCUGAAGGCCGGACUAAAUCUUCGUUCAUAGACAUCUAACAGUCAGUCCAUGAGGUCAGUCACAGCACAGGAAGGUGUUUUAGACAAAAGUACUAGGGAUGCAAUGGUUAAACAUUACCAAGAGGCUUCUACUUUGUCAUUCUUCAAGGAUAUAUGAUCCAUUAGGAUUUCUUAGUCCAAUAACAUUACACGCAAAAAUCGUGUCAACAGUAGUCAUUUGGUCCGAUAGCCAGACUGUAUAUUGCACUGGAUGACAUCUAACAGACCACAGAAAAGAUUAGUUAGAAACUGUGUUGCUAAGAUUAAGAAUCCUACAGCAAAAUACACAUGGAA